CUUGCAUUGGAGCCGCGGAUGUCGCUGCAAACAGGCUGUGACAAUAAAGAAGAAAUCCCAAGAUUCCUGAAGAUCUCGUCAACUCCCACAUGGCAGUAAACCACUCCCUUGAAGAUUAAACCAAGUGUAUUCAGCCCCAGAGCGUUACCCUCGUAGAUGCCGCUCAGUCUCCGUCUUUGCAAAUGGCUUGCUGCUUGAAGGACGAGCUCCUUUGUUCCAUCUGCCUCAGUAUCUACCAGGACCCCGUCAGCUUUGGCUGUGAGCACUACUUCUGCAGGAAGUGCAUCACCGAGCACUGGAGCAGGCAGGAGCUUCACGGAGCGCGGGACUGCCCCGAGUGCCGGAGGACCUUCACCGACCCCCUCCUCUCACCGAGUCUCAAGUUGUCCAACAUUGUGGAGCGCUACUCGGCCUUCCCGCUGGACGCCAUCCUCAACGCCCAGAGGAGCUCCUACCCCUGCAAGGACCACGAGAAGGUCAAGCUAUUCUGCCUCACUGACAAAAGUCUGGUGUGCUUCUUCUGCGACGAGCCGGCGCUACACGAGCAGCACCAAGUAACCACUAUUGACGAGGCUUACGAGGAGAUACAGAGGGAGAUGAAGGAGCAGCUGGCCACCCUGCAGGACAGUGAGAAGGGACACACUGAGGCCCUGCAGCUCCUGCAAAGACAACUUACUGAGACCAAGUCCUCAGCGAAGAGUCUGCGUGCAACCAUUGGUGACGCAUUCGAGCGUCUUCACCGCUUCCUGCGCGAGCGUCAAAAGAGCAUGCUGGAAGAGCUGGAGAUGGACACGGCCCGCAAGCUGGCCGACAUCGAGCACAAGAUCCAGCGCUACAGCCAGCAGCUGCGCGACGUCAAGGAGGGCAUCCAGAUCCUGCAGGAGCGCCUCAACGAGACAGGACGACACGACUUCCUGGAGGGAGUCGCCGUCACAUCUGAGAGGAUUAAAGGGAAGAUACAUGAGACCAAUCUGACAUAUGAAGACUUCCCGACAUCCAAGUACAUGGGGCCCUUACAGUACACAAUAUGGAAGUCGCUCUUCCAGGAUGUCUCACCAGUGCCAGCAGCGUUGACCCUCGACCCCAUCACAGCCCACCAAAGACUGAUCCUCUCGGACGACUGCACCAUAGUGGCCUACGGGAAUCUCCAUCCGCAGCCUCUGCAGGACUCCCCGCGCCGCUUUGACGUGGAGGUGUCUGUUCUGGGUGCAGAGGGCUUCAUGUCGGGCGUCCAUUACUGGGAGGUGAUGGUGUCGGAGAAGACCCAGUGGAUGAUCGGUGUGGCUCAUGAGACAGUCAGCCGCAAGGGCAGCAUCCAGAUCCAGCCCAGCCGCGGCUUCUACUGCAUCGUCAUGCACGACGGCAACCAGUACAGCGCCUGCACCGAGCCGUGGACCCGCCUCAACGUAAAGAGCAAGCUGGAGAAGGUGGGGGUGUACCUGGACUACCACAAAGGCCUGCUCAUCUUCUACAAUGCAGACGACAUGUCCUGGCUCUACACCUACCGGGAGAAAUUCCCCGCUAAGGUCUUCCCCUACUUCAGCCCGGGCCAGAGCCACGCCAACGGCAAGAAUGUGCAGCCGCUGCGAAUCAACACUGUACGCCUUUAAGAGCUGCACACAUCUUUGGUCGCAAUUGUCCUGACAGAUAAUUCACUUGUGUAGGUUUCAAAAAAUGUUCAAGAAAUCAGUUUGUGUUUAAUAGGGUGUUUGAAAUGUUUAUUUGAGUUUCAGUUAAAACUCGUGCUUGAUGUUGCUCUUAAAACCUGCGCUGUUAUUUUUGUGUGACUUGAAACGACCAUACGAUAAUGGCCUGCACUUGAGCCUCAUUCCACGUCUUUAAUUGAAAAGAUGACACUAAAUGGAGACAGAGAGACCCCUGGGCUACUGUGGGGUCUGUGGCAGUGAUGUUUAAAAAAAAAAAAAAAAAAAAAAGUGAUUCCCAGGCCCACCUUGCACACUCCCAGGGGGCGACGCUCUCCUUAUCAAGCUCCAGGCUUGUCAGACUUGGCGUCCCCUCUCUGUCCACGCCAGAGGACACUGAAGACUGGUCACUUGUCUUCUCUGUGCUGUACAGUUGGCUUAGCUUUGUGUGUGGCAGCACUCGGCUCCUUUUUUUUUUUUUUUGGCUUUUGUUCGGCCAGCAGUCCACCCUGAACUUGUCAAGUCUGUUCGCACUUUUCACUUCAUGUCUGAGACCAUUAUCUAGGUUCCCCCUGCAGGUCACAUCAGCCCUGUUAACACCUGGUAUUAAGAUGCAUCUUGGGUGAUGGAUCACAAGUGGACAGCUCCAAGUGCAGGUGUGAAUGUACCAAAUGCUUCCUUAAUGUGUCUUGAGAUCCGAUCGCUCAGACCACUUUCUGAGAUUGUGUCGGCCGCAUGUGGCCACAGUCUUUCAGCAGUGUGUAUAUCCUGGGCCACAUGGAAGGACCACAUACAAGGGCUGCAAAAAAAUCAUAUUGCGAUUAUUCUAACAGAUAUUUUGAGUGCCUCAUUUGUAAUGGCAUGUUGUGACACAUUUUAACCUUCAUCUAACAAAUAUGCAACUCCUGCAAUUUGGAUGUUGCACUUGGCCAUGUUGCGAUUUUGAAAAUAACUUGAUUAAUUGUGCAAUCCUACCACCAACUCGACUGACGUCCUUGCUUAUUUGACACCCCACCGAAUAAGAGAACUUUCUGUUGUUGCAGUUACAGAGAUGCAGAGCUGAAGGGCCGUGUCUGGAGCAUCUCUCCUGCCAGUUCAGCGUCUGCCUGAUUAGCAUGAGCUAAUGCAGCAGCAGCAGCAGCUGCUAAAUGGUCACAACAAACUCUCACCAACACCAAAACAGCUUGACUCUUAAACCAGUUAGUGACUGCUAGGUAACAUUAGUCGUGUAAUGCUAGCCAUUAGCCCUGUCACUGUGUGUGUGUGUGUGUGUGUGUGUGUGUGUGUGUGUGUGUGUGUGUGUGUGUGUGUGUGUUGCCAGGCAGACUCUCACCAUCUGUAGCAUGAAACUCACACUCCUGCAGACGUAGUCUUUUAGCGGCGCUUGCCUCAUGAUAAAGAGACAGAGAGGGCGAGGAAUGGCUGCGUAUCAAUAUGCUACAUGCGGCCCUACAAUUAAAUCAGAUUUUUAUAGUCGUUUGAGAACGUUAUUGAGAGGGAUUACUUUUGUGACUCUGCAUAGCUUGCCUUCAAAUAGAAAAGUCUGUAAGUAUGCACUUAGCAUGAGGAACCUUAUGUGCGUUAGAAACUACGACACAUUUUGUCUUUGUAAAUGGAAAUGAUUCACUUGUUUGUUUGCAAAUAGAUCAGGGAAGUGAGAUGAGAUCAGAAGUGGUCACUUGAGAUGCAUUUGGAGACACGUUCUAAUGUCAGGUUUGAACAGACCGACUGAGCUGUCCACUCGUGAUCAGAUCACCCAAGACACGUGGAUACCAGAUCCAAACAGGCUCAUCCAUGUGUGUCUGUUCAGUCUUCAUCAUUGCAAGGAAAGCUGUUGUUCUUUGUGCACCAGCGAUUAUCCAUGUCACCAAGAAAAAUUGAAUGAAUCUAAAAGGAAUCCAUAGGCUGCCCAUCCCUGUCCACUGCUCAGCCCUACCCACAAGUGGUGGGAAAUUCUGUUUGGAGGUGGAGGUCGUCCAGAAAUAUGCUGCUACCGAUGGAGUAAGGACUUGCAUGUUUGUAUAUAGAGUGUCAAGGGUUAAAAGAAGUUAGUCUCUCAUCACGCUGCUGGCUCAUGUUUAAGUUUCCGUUCCAAAACCACAAGUGUGCUCGCCAUCAGCAUAUGCUAUAUAUAUGUAUCUGUGGGUUGUCUUUUUGUCCACUUCAGUGUUGAAUUCAAGCACAGCUCUGCUUUCAGUCAUGUUUGAUCAUUUUGUCUUCAAAUCAAAAGAAUAUUAAAUCAUGCUGUCUGAGUAAAAGCUUCUCAGAUGUAAAAAAAAAAAUAAAAUCUGAAAGGUUAAAGAUGAAUCAUCACUCCAAAAGAGAACAACUGUUACCCCCUUUUUUUUUUAAAUCAUAUCAUUUCAGUACAUGAAGUCAAGCUGGGGAAUGGCAAUUACUAAAUCAAAAUGGUAACGGAUGGACUCUAGGGCUACAUAUGCUAUUCCUGCAACUGGCAUUCCCAAGGCUGUUACAUAAUGACAAAAUCACUGAUAAUUCCCCUGAGGCUCACCCAUGUUUAUUUCUUCCCCCCCACAUGCCUCAAAUGCUCUUGUUUAUAAUGAGUUGUACACAAGUCCUGCAGAAUCCACUCUUAAGAGGCUCUGGUCGCUCAGCCAAGUCCGGCAUACCGAGAGAUGUGUCUGCGGGGUGGGUGGGCAUGUGCACAGGUGUGUUUGUACGGCCUGGUUCAGCUAUAAUUUUAAAUCCAGCUUUGGUUGUGCUUGAUAAAGCCCAUCUGGCCCUCUGAGCAUACCCAUGCAGCAGCCAAAAGUGAUUAUUACAAAAUACUUUGGAAUCUGGGAUAACUUUGGAAAAUCUACAACAGCAAAAAAAAAAAAAACUUCCAUUGCCACUGUACAUCUUUACAUUUGUGUGUGUGUGUGUUGUCUGUGUUGUCAAUUUAAAAGAAAAUUGGGGCAGUGCCCUUGUUUUUGUAGGAUGUAAUUCCGGUAUGUGCAGUAUGAUGCAAACUGGGGUCAAACGCAGAGCGUCUGCAAAUUAUUCCUGGUAUUUGUUUUAACGUGUGCUGAUCUGCAGGAGUCCGUUCAAGAAGCAGAUCUGCGGUGUUGAAUAAAACCUGGAACCAGAAAGUUUAGACAAUCAGGACAAUAUCCAUUUUACUUCUCUCUGAUUGAGACUUUAUUUAUUGUCCUUGAGGAGUAAAUCCCAACCAGCUGGCUCAAACACAUGCUUAUAUUUGACCCCGGUUUGCUGUGUUGCGGACUUCGGUGUAGUCUGCUUCAUUUAAGACUUUCUGUUUGAAUAUUAAGAAGGAGAUUAUUGUGAGGUGGUGUUGGGUUACUGGUGGAGGUGAUGACGCUAAUUGUUUUAUGAUGAUAACUAUGACACUUUUAAUGAUUAUAAUGAUGAUUGUGUCUUUUGAUGAUGGCCGCUGUGCACCCAUCAUUGUGUGAACACACUCGAGUGUGCUUUAGCUGCAGCUGAGGUUUGUGGGAAAUGUUUUAAUGUACAAUAAAUCACUGCUAAAAUCA